CAGGAAGACCGUCCCACUAAUGGGCGUGGCGUACUCAAUGUGGGUUAGUGUGUCCACCCCGCACGCUUCAGUCUACACACAUUCACAUAGCCUACAGAGAUGGAUCUCGAACAAAUGGGUCCCCAAACCUUCUUGUACGGUUGUGAGCUCAAGGCCGGCAAGGACGUCACUUUUAAUCCAGAGGAUGAUGAUGAUUACGAUCAUCAGUUAUCAGUCAGAAUGGCCUGCGUUGAUCCCUCAACAAAAGACGAACUGAACGUUGUGGAGAUCGAAGGGCACGAUUCAGAGGGUCAGAAAGUCAAAGCAGUCCUGGCCACACUCAAGCCUUCCACUCUCCCCAGUGUGUGUUUGGGUGGGUUUGAGAUCACUCCGCCUGUUGUGUUCCGCCUGCGCUCUGGCUCCGGUCCAGUUCACAUUAGUGGACAGCAUCUCGUCAUCAUGGGAGGCGACCAGUCUUUUGAUGAAGAGGAGGAGGAAGAGGAAGAAGAGGAGGAGACGUUGACGGCUAAGAAGAGGCCAGGGCCUGUGACUCAGAAGCCUUCGAAAAAAAUGAAGUUGGAUGAAGAGGAUGAUGAUGAUGAUGACGACGAAGAUGAAGAUGAAGAUGAGGAGGAUGAUGAUGAGGAGGAGGAGGAAAUUGAGGAAAAGACUCCUGUAAAGAAAAAGGCGGCACCGUCCAAAAAACAAACCCCUGCACAGAACGGAAAAGGACCCGCGCCUAAUACGCCCGCUAAAGAACAGAACAAGACUCCUGAAAAGAAGAAUAAGAAGAACAAGAAGCCACAGACACCUAAAACACCAGAGGUUUUGACCGUCCCAGAGAUCAAAGCCAAGAUUAUGGCAAGAAUGGAGAAGGGUGUAUCAUUGCCAUAUAUAUAGCCAAAGUUUGAGAACUUCAUAUAUGUAU